UCCAGUCCGCCGGUAGCUACAGGGUUCAGCGGUCGGGUGACCGGCUGACCGGGGGAGGCAGAGGACCGGGCGCAGCAGGUCGUAGUUAACCGGGUUGUGCUCGCUUCUCCGGCUCCUCUCCGGUGCAGUCGGGCUAACUAGCUUGCUAGCUAGCUCAAGUGGCUAUACGUAGCGAUAGCAUGUUUCGCUAGCUUGAACCGGACGUAGGUUAAAUUCCACAAAGUGAAAGAGAGACCGGGAUUUGAACGCCUUUUAACGUCCCGGUGGACCGCGCGUCGGCGGGGUUCGUUUCCACCGGGGUCGCGAACACAUGCCCGUUAGCUGCACGGUGGGCACAAGUGGUUUCCAGAGCUAGCUAGCCAGAAGCUAAUGUUAGCUUGCUUGAAUCGUGGUUUGUUGCCAUCUGCCCGGGCUCCGUCUAUAGCCUGGGAUGGAACGUUUUAAUUCACCCAGUUAGAUUCAGAUAACACAGCCAGGGGUUUGUUGUGGAUGUGGAGUUUCCUAUUUAUGAAAUAACACCGCGUGCUGCAUUAGAACCUGAUGGUCCAGGCACCAGAGGAGUCUCACUGUAACGUUACAUUAAAAUGUCCCCAAAAGGCUUAAAAUACACAAAUAUCCCUAUUGACAGCCAGGCAGGCGGUGAUGGACGUGCUUUAUUAUCCAGUGUUUUAUAAUCAUACUGACAGUCCGCGGGUCGGAACCAGUUCAUCACGCACAGCUCUUUCUUGUGUUGGAAUUUCAGACCCGUUUUUGGUUUCCCCCAAACGGCUCCGGCCCGGGCCUCAGUCCGCGGUCUAGAGUUGGAUAGCGGGCGGAUUGAGGCUGAAGCUCGUCGGUGUGUAGCGGCCCUCCAGCCCCGGUGCCCCGGCCCCCAUCAUGGGAGACAGCAGAGAUUCUCGUAGCCCGGACAGCUCAUCUGUGUCCUCCCCUCCUUCAGGCCAACGCUCCCCCCCACUGGUUCCCUCCGCUGCUUCCAUGACUUCCCAUCCUCCCACCACCACCAGCGGAGUCAACAGCCCGAUCAGUAGCAUCGGCUCCCCCUUUUCUGUCAUCAGCUCUUCACUGGGCUCACCCUGCCUCCCCGGCACACCGUCGGUGGGCUACGGCCCCAUUAGCAGCCCACAGAUCAACUCAACAGUGUCCAUGUCGGGGCUCCAUGCAGUGAGCAGCUCUGAUGAUGUGAAGCCUCCACUGGGCUUGCAGCCGCUGUCACCCCACAGCCCUGGGCCGAUGCUUUCCCAGAAACGCCUUUGUGCCAUCUGUGGAGACAGAUCCUCUGGUAAGCACUAUGGCGUCUACAGCUGUGAGGGCUGCAAAGGCUUCUUCAAGAGAACAGUGCGCAAAGAUCUGACGUACACAUGUCGGGACAGUAAAGACUGUAUGGUGGAUAAGAGACAGAGGAACCGCUGCCAGUACUGCCGCUACCAGAAGUGCCUGGCUAACGGCAUGAAGAGAGAAGCUGUCCAAGAGGAACGGCAGAGGAACAGGGAACGAGAGGGCGAGGUGGAGUCGACGAGUGCAGUGAAUGAGGAGAUGCCAGUGGAGAAGAUUUUGGAGGCGGAGGUGGCUGUGGAGCAGAAGACCGAGCUUCAUGCAGAUGGCAGUUCAGGAGGCAGCUCUCCCAACGAUCCUGUCACCAACAUCUGUCAGGCAGCAGACAAGCAGCUUUUCACCCUGGUGGAGUGGGCCAAGAGGAUCCCUCACUUCUCUGAGCUGCAGCUGGACGACCAGGUCAUCCUGCUUCGUGCAGGCUGGAAUGAACUCUUGAUUGCAUCGUUCUCCCAUCGCUCCAUCUCAGUGAAGGACGGAAUCCUACUGGCCACCGGCCUUCACGUCCACAGGAGCAGUGCUCACAGUGCUGGUGUAGGAGCGAUCUUUGACAGGGCGCACAAUGCUGAGGUUGGGGCCAUAUUUGACAGGGUUUUGACAGAGCUUGUUAGUAAGAUGAGAGACAUGCAAAUGGACAAGUCUGAGCUGGGCUGCCUUCGAGCCAUCAUCCUCUUCAACCCAGAUGCCAAGGGCUUGUCCAACCCCAGUGAGGUGGAGCUCCUGAGAGAGCGGGUGUACGCAUCCCUCGAGUCUUACUGCAAACAGAAGUAUCCCGAUCAGCAGGGCAGGUUUGCAAAGCUCCUCCUCCGUCUCCCAGCACUGCGCUCCAUUGGUCUGAAGUGCCUUGAGCACCUGUUCUUCUUCAAACUGAUCGGUGACACGCCCAUCGACACCUUCCUGAUGGAGAUGCUGGAGGCGCCUCACCAGCUCCCCUAGAGGAGCCAGGUUGGGUUCGGUCAGGAUCCAGUGCACACCAGGAGACCCGGCACGUUGCACCGUGUUGGGUCAUUGGCUCGUCUCAUUGAGCCUCACUUAACUGCAGCACCUGCUGGUUUAAAUGUACCAGCUCUCACAGACACACACACACACACACACACACACACACACACAUAUUGCUCAUCAUCGACUAAUUAUCUUCACACGUGCACAUGCAGGUCUUUACUUGUAUGCAUGAACUGACAGAAAGUAUAACAACUAAUAUACAGCUAAUGUGGCUCUGAAUGAAGAGAAUGCCAAAACACAAACAUACUCAAACACACACACAGACAUUUUCACCAUCUUUUCCACCACCGGGUUUACCAUUCAAUGAAUUAAGCCCUUUCAUCAAACUGCUACAUUAAAUGUCUUAAUUUUAAUUUAGCCUUCAGUUUUCACAUCUUCAUCUCGCAGUUGGUUUUUGCUUCUGUGUAACUGGUAUUGCCUACUUCCCAUGUUUGUACUUGGGUUGCUUCGUUACACCGCUAGCUGCACCGCUGUAUGUUAUAUCCAUCACUAGCCGGUUAGUUAUUCACGUAUGGUUUUUACCUUGAAAUCAGGUGCAUAAUUUCAAUCAACUGUCCGCCAUCGAACCGAUUUACUUGUUAUUGUUCAGGAGGUGUCCUGUUCCGCACAGGAAGACACACCCUCUCAGUGAGUUAAUUCAAUCUCAGAAAUAUUUGAAAUAUUUUAUGCUUUUCUUGAAUAUUCAUGCUGAAACUUGUUUGAGUUUCUAUUUUGAAGUACUGUACUCAUGAAAUGAGAGCUUUUUCCAAGGCAUUGAAAUCCAGGAAAAGGGGGCGGGGAGCACUUAGUUGAGCAGACACACUUAGUCCCUCCCACCCUGAUGCGCACAGCGGGCUUUGUAAGACAAGAAGAAUGACUUGAAUUAUUAUUGUUUUUAGUUUUGAUUUUAUCCUUUUCUCUACUUUGGCAGUUGUUUGGCCUUUUAAACAGCUGAAAAUCACAGGAAGUUCAGCUUCAUGCAAGACAGAAUGAGUCUUUAAUCUCCUGCCCCCCCCCCCCCCGGAGUCCUCCCUUUGCUGGUGGUCAUUGAUGCACUUUUGUGACUUGUAACUGUGUAAAUGUUCCUGUUUCCAUCUUUUCUCAGACACCUAAGAAAACCUUAAAGGUACUAUGUGUAGGGUUUUCUUCUUAUUGCAUCACUUUCAAAUCAGACGUGAUUAUUUUUGAUGACUUCUAAAAAAUAAUUGGCCAAAUCCUGCAACCGGUUGAACUUUUCAGACUCGAUAGGUUGUUCCAUCAACUGUCCAGUGGCCAUGGAAGAGAGAAAUGAUAUUCUCUACUCGAACAGUUCUACCUGUUAUCAGUCGGCCUGUAUCUCAGCUCUGGUGUUUGCUGCAUCUAGCCCAGCACUUCAAGUAGUCCUUGAACAAGAUACUGGAGUAGUUUUACAGGAGCUGCUUUACAUUUAAUGCUGUAAACACAAAAAAACAGCAGCUGAAAUAAUCUGACAGUAGCAGUUUCAGUGUCUAAUUUGCGAUGCAGUACUUCUGCACCCCCCGAAGGCCAAUAUUGGAAAGACAAAGAACCUUUUAUAUGUGUUGUGUUACUGUAAUGCAAUAAUGAAAUGAAUUAGCGCUAUGUAAUGGAAAUCCUACACGUAUUACCUGCAGCUUCAGAAACUUUAUUUAGUGUGUAUUGGCUCAGUGCUUGCGACUUUUGUACAGUAGAUGUAAAUAAUACAAAACAACACCACAGGCGUCCUGCAGAAACAAAGACCUGCUCACACUCUCGAAGGUCGAUCACUAUCUCCAACAGACGGGAUUAAAAUCUUUAUUUUCUGCUGUCGAACCCACGUCCGGUGUGAUGACGUCACCAUGUAAUUGUUUUUGAGCCCAGGGCCAAACCACACCUUGCUGCUGCUGUUGCACCGACCCCUGCCAAUGUUUGCUGUCGCCCUCUUCAACUGAUUGGCUGGAUUUCAUUGACAAUGGCACUUGACAUUUAUUGUGAUUACAUUUUUGUGGGCAACCGAAGGUGAGCAUUGCAGCGAGAGGUCAAACGCAGCUAAUGCAUGGUCAGGAGAUACAAACUAUGAAUCAACCCAUCAACAUGUGUAGAUUCAUCAAACGUUUUUGUUAGUGAAGUAUUUAAAAGAGUGUUGACAUUCUGAAGUAUAUCUAACCUUAUUUGUCACCACAUUUAAUAGAAACUAGAAACUUUUGCAGAAUCAUUCUACAGGGAAGAGGUGCAGCUGUCCUCUACCAGGUGCUAAAGAACUCAUGUGGUCUUUUAGUUUUAAGACUUGCACAUUUUCAUCAAUGCAAAACAGUAUGCAAGUACACAGACAAAUCAUCAGACAGCCAUUGUCCACUCUUUUUUUAUUUUAUGACCCUGAACUUUAUUGCAGACUCCAAGCUAUGGAAAAUGAACACCAGCUAUGUGCUUGUACAUUUUGACUGUGGCUGAUGAGUGUUUGUCCUCUAUCCGACACAGCCAAAGCCUUUUGUAUUUUAGAGAGCAGUUCGGUUGGUGGAGGCAAUGAAAGUGGCUGUUGAAUUGUUUCUUUGACCAGAACGAGCGAUGAGCUUCCUGCCGUGCAGUUAGUCCAAAAACGUCUUCUCAGAGAGGAUACUCGGUCUCCCCCAUGUGAUGUGGACUUGGAGGCUGGCAGUUAGAUGACCUGUGAAACAGGUGGUUUUGUUUGACAUGUCAAAACGUUGGUCUAACCCUAAGAGUUUGGUGUUGUUUCAGUUUUUCUCCAUGUAAUGAGUUCAUGCUGCCAACUCAACAAAGUAUUCUCCAGAUGUCCACUCAUUUCCUACAUGCAGAGAAAAGGUCAGGCUCUGGUUGGUCCGAGCUGCCGCUGCAUUUUAACUUUUCAAGCUGGUGGCAAGCUCAUGAUGUGACUGGCAUCUUCUACUGUCCCAGAUGUGGUCUCAGCUCUUUAUGGCUUGAGUUGGCUCAGAUCAUACACGUUAUAUAAAGAUGGACGACACAUCUCCCCCUCCUCCCACUAUUCAGAAAUAGAUAUGAAGCCAAAAUAUCCGUGAUACGAAUGCUGUCAUCGUGUGGUGGUGAUGUCAAUCAGAGUCACACCGCUCAGGAGUCAGUCAGCAGUCGAUCUUGAAUUUUCAACCCGUUUUUAUAUCAAUUAAUUGAAAUUAAAGGCACAGACCCACAUAAAAAUGGGCGACGCGUCUCCACUUCUUUCCACUGUCUAGAAAUGAAGCCCAAACAUCCCUUGUAUGAGAGCUGCCAUCUUGGAGCUGGAGUCUGCUCAGUAGCGAUCAGGGAUUGAGCCGCUCUGUCAAGGUCUCGGCUGUCAAUCAUGAAGUCUCAGCAGUUUGUGAUUGAAACCAAACUAAUCAGAAACAUGAACAUGUGAACAUACAUCAAUGCGAUGUAAACUAUAUCAAAUGAAAGAAAUGUUGAAAAAUCAACAUUUAAUGUGUACUUUUGUUCAUGUCCCAUCUGCUAACAUGGAGGAUGCUGGGUUUAUGACCUGUGCUGCAACUAGCCACCAGGGGGCGAUCGAGACACUGGCCUCACUUUUUUGAAGCCAUCAUGUCGUUGAUCUUUAUUUCCGGUCUCUUGUUCAGCUGAACUUUACUGGCACAGACUUGGUGAUCUGGAUUCGAGCUGACCUACGCUCUGAGAAAUUUGCUGAGGGAUGAAGUGCUCGUCUUUAAGAGAGGAGGCCAUCUUUAAAUAAUCUCAUCUUUACUUUGUCUGACGUCUCAGUGACUUUCUCUGCUUUUCUCCUGGAGUUUCCUCUGUUGAAUGUUUGAGCCUGCUGCUACUGCUUCAUGUUUGAUCCUGGGGAAUGGGAAUGAUUUCGCUUACCAGUCGAGUGCUGGAGCAUCUGACAUUAAAAGAAUAGUCGCUACACAUCUGACUGAGUAAAGGCCAUCUUUGGGGAUAAUCCAGCAAAAAGUAAAAAUAUGCAACUUGUAUAUUUGUCUCGUGGUUACUAGGUUAAGCAGUCAUCAUGCAAUGUGUGCAUUGUGUUUCUGGCAUUAGUGAAUUCAGCUUCGUCUCUGCUACAUGAGCUCCCAUUGAUCGGCAGUGAAAUUAUUGAGAAUUCUCAUCCCUUCAUGUUGAAGCAGUGCAUUUGAGUUUUGCUACGUCUUUUCUAUAUUUCUCUAUAUUUUGCUAUGAGCUUAGGUCAUUUGGAGAAAGGUAACCAUACAGUAAAAAGAUGAAGUUAGUGGUUGGGAACUUUUUUAGCAUUUGUACGGGGUAUGUGUGUGGUCACAUGCACAUGUGUUUGGAAUCUGUCGGCAGCUACGCCUUUGUUGACCGGCAGAUACUGUAGCUUUGGCUGUGAUGUGCUGGCAGCCGGUGAAACUGAUGAAAGGAUGCACAGAGGAGAAGGAGCCGGGCUGGAGGGAUGAGUAACUGUUGACCUGAUGCUUUAUCAAAACAACCCAGCCUCCUCCUUACCUUCACUUUGUCCACUGCUUUACUUUAAACGCUUCUUCACUCAGUAUUACCGGCUUUGCAUUGGAAUGGUCUUGUACAAUUAAACUAUGAUUCUUGGACUGUUGGUCGAGGAUGUGAAGCUUUUAGGUGGAAUAAGCGUGGGAGAGCUGUGAGGAGGGAUUCAGUGCCGUGUGACCCUCUGUACUUUACUUUACUUGACGGCAGAGCAGCGAUGAUCUGCGGUCCCGUGGGAAACCGCCGGAUCGCACCGCGCCGCCCACAAAAUGUUUGUCGUUUGCAUCCGUGUGCACUCAAGGCAGACGCAUGCUGUGACCUUUCGACUGUGUAGCAGUAUUGUUGUCGCCAUCUUUGUUACAUUUUGAAAUUACUCACUUUUUUGAAAAUAAAGACAUGAAUUAAAUAUGCUUUUUUUUUUAAUGGAUUGCAGGCUGUGACUGAAGAGUUGAUCAUCAUGUAUAGAUUAGAUAUCAUGGUGGCGUUUUCACCUAUUGACACAGGCCCCCUGGAGCCGAGGCAGAUUCCCAUUAAGGUCAAUGAGGUGCAGUGUGCAGCCUUGAAACCACCACCCUCACUGGUUUGUUUAUCACUGCCAAGCUGUUUGUGGAUGUGGCUGUUUCAGAUUCACUCAGUCCUCACUGCUUGUUUUGUCAUGUGUGUUGUGAUUAUUGUGCAGUGUGCUGAACAGUGCGCCACCCUUGGCCUGUGUAGUGCAUACUAACAAGGGGCCCUAAUAAGAAAGGAAUGACAGCUCGUGUGGAGAGGGGAGAAGGAGACCAGGGUUUUUCUCCCUCUCCGGGUGCUCAAGCUGUGCAUUGGUGCUUUUUGCAGGGCCCCCCCAGCCUGAAAUCGUCUAGUUACCAAUACACAUGGAUGUAGUUCUAUGAGUGAAAUGCAAAUAAGGAAGGUUUUCAUCCCAAAUCUGCUCUUCUUUAGUUGGAUUUUCUGCACGAGCAACCUGACGUGUGUUUUCUGUGGCUGCUUCAGAUUGUGAGGAAGAAGUGGCUCUGGUUGUUUGAAGCCCAGCAGCAUCCACUGGUUUGGUCUGCAGGCAACACCUCUGAUGGGAGGGAUGAAGUGAAUACGACUGCCCUCCUUAAGGAGGAGGGCGUUGAUUUUAAAGGUUUGAGGAGUCGUGAAGGGAAGUAGAGAGAGAGACAGAGGGAAGGAGAGACGGGCAGGGACUCAGAGAACUCGGAUCAUUUGUCGACUGAAGUAAAACGGGAAAGAAUUCAACUUUCCAGUAGAUCUAGAAUCUUCCUUAAUUGUUUACUCUUCAUCUUUAAUCCACACAGUUUCUUUGUCUUGUUUCCUGUCUCCCUCUUCAACUAGGCUCUUCAUCUUUUGUUUAUUACAAAGUAUUAAACAAAUACGAGAAGUGAUGAAUCAGAAUGGAAUCUGUCACUGAUAUUUUUUUAUCUUCCUCUCUUUCUCUUGUGUCUGUUCUCUGUCCUGUUUGUAUCCUACUCCCUCAUACAUGUGGAGCUGAUUGACUAUUGUGUGCUUUGGGGAUUGAAAGAGAAAAAAAAAUCUGAAUAUGUUUUUCAGUCAUUAAUUCUGAAUCUUGUUUCUGUUUGUUGUAUCAUGUCUGAGUAAAGGUUUUAAUACUGUAAGACAA